AUGACUAAACAGGGUCAUUUGUAUAUGAGGUAAAGAAUAUAAGAUUUAUCAUAACUUUUUUAAGUGUAUACAGUUCAGUAGAGUUAACUGUAUUCCCAUUGUUGUUGUUGAUAAAAUUUUGAAAGUUUUUGUCAGCAGUCCAAAAAUAUAAUGUUUGAUUAACAUCAAAUAUAAUCUGAUAAACUUGAAAAUUUAAAUAUUAGAAGCAUGUUAGAAACUUUGGCAUUAUUUCUAAUGGCAAGGUUACUAUAUAAGGGUUAUAGUUGAUGAAUGUGGUAAUUAACUGAAAAUUAGUGGGGUUUUGCCCACAUUCUUCUCAUUUAAGCAUAUUUUACCUUUAGUGUGUAUUAAUGAUAGACUUUCUUGUAAUCUUACACUGAGAGCAGAGGUCUGAUCUAUAGUAGUAUUUCACUUUGAAGAGAUGCGAGAAGGAAAUAACAGUUGGAUUCCAGAUCUCUGACAUCAGCCUAAUCUGAAAGCUUCAUACAGGCAUAGUUUAGACAGAGCUACUGAAUUUGAAUUAGUAAGAGCAAAGAAAAACUAUGCAUAUAGUGGGCAGAAUCCUUCCCUGUGUAGCAGAUCUAAGCAGCAAUAAAUCAGUAAGUACUAUAGUAUAGGAUCACUUUAUUCUGGCUUUGUGCCAUUUGUAGACACUAAAACCCGGAAAGACCAGAAAUCCCUUUGAACUUAUAUUUGAAAAACCUUGUGUCCAUUCUUUUAUCUUUUGGAGUUCUUUUAUUUUUUCUGUUUAUUUCCUCAUACCACUGCCUGUUGGGUGCAGAAUCUGCUUGGAUAUAUUCCAGCGGCCUCAGCUUACAUGUGGUAACUUGCUUACCCAGAGAAAGGUCUGGAGGACUGAAUUGGAUGCAGUUGGGCUGUGGCUCACUAGAGGGAGCAGAGGACCCGAGAGAGGAGAGAGGGAGAGAACGUGUCUGGUUAAGUGUGGUGUGUGCGCACCAGGAGGAGGAGGGCCGGGUGGGGGUGGCUGCCUUUAACUGCUCCACCCUCACUUUGUCAGCAGGUAGAGAGCGUGAUUGCAGUCCUAGGGGAGGGAGUCAGAAGUAGAACACCAAUUACAAACCACAGGAGGCUUCCUGCUCUAGGGAGUUGAUCCAGAGUUGUCUUUCUGAAAAGGAAGCACUCGAAUCCUUCCGAACUUUCCAAGUCCAUCCAUGAUUCAGAGAUAUUGCCUUCUCUCUCUGGGAUUUUCUGUUUCUGGUAGUGAAUUGUUGCUGAUGUAUUUGCUACUUGUGCCUCUUUUCUCUUUCAAGAUUUGAUUAUUUAAUGUGCUGUUCGGAGAGAAAAAGAACUUUUGUUAGAAAGGAGAUUUCAGAAGUGAUUUUGGAUCGUCUAUAAGUGUUUUUAGAGUUCUUGGGGACAGUAGCUCUCACCCUGGAAUAAGUUUCUGCCUUUGAUCUGCAUGGAUUAUUUUUUCAGACUGCGGAAUUUCUCGUCACCUACCUGUAGUAUGGGGCACUUGGUUUGGUUGCAGAGUAAGAAGGUGGAAGAAUGAGCUGUACUUGGUUAAGCAGUUCAAACCUUUUUUGAGCAAGAUCUAUAAAAGCAUAAUUGAAUUUGUCACCCCCGUGGAUUCCAGUGGGCCCAACAGCGCAACAGGUUUGCAGAUUUCUUUUGAAAUUCUUUUUUUUUUUCUCCCUUUGCCUCAGAAAAAGAAAAAAAAAUCUCUAUAGUAGGUUCAUAUUCAGUUGCUCAGCUUUUCAGCACUUAUUUUGAAGACUUUAUAUGAUUUUUAAACUUGACCCUGGAACACAACGGGCUUUGUGGGUGAAGUGCACUUAUGUUUACUUAAAGGUGCACAUUUAAAAACCUUAUUCUGUGUUUAUCCAAAGCCCCCAAUUCGUAUAUGUGCUUACAAAUAGCACAGAUCUACCCAGGCUUCAUUGUAUUUUUUUCAGGGUGUUCUACUUAAAGCCUGUGACUAAUCACCUUCCUAAUCCCCCUAUCUUUUAUUCCCCACCCCCUCAAGGAAUUUGAAAACGUGUUAGGAAUAGUCCUUUGUUUUUCUUAUGAACUUAGAAAAUUACAGAUUAUAAAAUCUGGAUAUUAGUUUACCAAAGCAUCUCAUGGGAAAUCAAAGUGCUUGGCAUUCCCAAGCUGGAGAGUAAAAUUUGGAAUCCCUAAGAGAGAAACGAAAAUGGAGAUAGAAAUAUGAACUUUAACUGGGAAAGACAGUUGGAAACUAUACCCUUUUCAUAUAUUCUAAUUUUCAAAGUUAGAAAAGGUUGUGAUGUUCAGGAUUAUCCAUAAUGUGUGAGGAUAUAUAAAUUAGCACCUAAUUUAUAGGCAACUUUAAGAAAACCCCCCAAAUUAUAGUAUGUCCAAGUUUAUGAAAAAUAUUUAAAUUUAAUGGACCUAGAACUUUGGGCUACAGUGAAAUUCAGUUUAACAUGGAAACUUCUCUGUGUGCUGUAGUAUCUUUGGACAUCCCUCAAGGUGUGGCGUGAAUUUUUUUAUCAUUCCGUCUCUUCCCCUAUUAAAAAACAAAUCUCCUGUGGUCUUUAAUUAUUUACAGUUGACACAUUUUGUGGCUUAAAAGGGCCACCUCUCCAUUGUCUAAGCUGGAGUUCUUCACUCUCACCUUUGAUGCAUGGCCUUAGCUGUUUACUUUGUCUUGUUUUGUUCAUCAACAUUGGGGUUAGUUGGUCGACAACUUGAUGCAUAUGGAAGACCAACAUCAAGUGAUCUGACAUAAUAAAAAUUCAUAAUGUGACGUUCAAUUUCAAGCAAAGUUGGAAAUUCCAAAAAGAAGUGGUGGUUUCUUUGCUAGUCAGAGUGAAAAUGGAAGAAAAUGACAUACCUGCUGCAGAAGUGGGCUGAAAACAAUCUUCUCUGCCCAAUCAGGAAUGCCACCUGUUCUUGGGAAUAUACUCUAGAGAAAGGAAGGGUCAAAACUGUGACUUGGCUUUCAGAAACAGAAGCAUAAAUUUUCUCUUCCUGCAUUUGUCUGGAUCUGAGAACCUGCACUUGGUGUUAGCCAGUGGAAGCAGUAUGUAUGGCCGAAGUGCAUUGCUGCAGCUGGUAGCAUGAGUGGUGGCCACCAGCUGCAGCUGGCUGCCCUCUGGCCCUGGCUGCUGAUGGCUACCCUGCAGGCAGGCUUUGGACGCACAGGACUGGUACUGGCAACAGCGGUGGAGUCUGAAAGAUCAGCAGAGCAGAAAGCUAUUAUCAGAGUAAUCCCCUUGAAAAUGGACCCCACAGGAAAACUGAAUCUCACUUUGGAAGGUGUGUUUGCUGGUGUUGCUGAAAUAACUCCAGCAGAAGGAAAAUUAAUGCAGUCCCACCCCCUGUACCUGUGCAAUGCCAGUGAUGAUGACAAUUUGGAGCCUGGAUUCAUCAGUAUCGUCAAGCUGGAGAGUCCCCGACGGGCCCCUCGCCCCUGCCUGUCACUGGCCAGCAAGGCCCGGAUGGCCGGUGAGCGAGGAGCCAGUGCAGUUCUAUUUGACAUCACAGAGGAUCGAGCUGCCGCUGAACAGCUGCAGCAGCCCCUAGGACUGACUUGGCCAGUGGUGCUCAUCUGGGGCAAUGAUGCAGAAAAGCUCAUGGAGUUUGUAUAUAAGAACCGGAAAGCCCAUGUGAGGAUUGAGCUGAAGGAGCCCCCUGCAUGGCCAGAUUAUGAUGUAUGGAUCCUCCUGACAGUGGUGGGCACCAUCUUUGUGGUCAUCCUGGCUUCUGUGCUGCGCAUCCGGUGCCGUCCCCGCCACAGCAGGCCGGACCCCCUUCAGCAGCGAACAGCCUGGGCCAUCAGCCAGUUGGCCACCAGAAGGUACCGGGCCAGCUGCAGGAGGGCUCAGGCUGAGCGGCCAGACUCAGGUAGCAGCUGUAGCUCAGCCCCUAUGUGUGCCAUCUGCCUGGAGGAGUUCUCUGAGGGCCAGGAGCUUCGGGUCAUUUCUUGCCUCCAUGAGUUCCAUCGCUCCUGUGUGGACCCCUGGCUACAUCAGCAUCGGACUUGUCCCCUCUGCAUGUUCAACAUCGUAGAGGGAGAUUCAUUUUCCCAGCCCCUUGGACCCUCUCGAUCUUAUCAGGAACCAGGCAGGAGACUCCACCUCAUUCGCCAGCAUCCUGGCCAUGCCCACUAUCACCUCCCUGCUGCCUACCUGUUGGGCCCUUCUCGGAAUUCAGGCACUCGGCCCCCUCGACCUAGACCCUUUUUACCAUCCCAGGAGCCUCGGCACCAACGUAUCCCCAGAGCUGCACAUCUCCGGGCUGCAGGUGAACAACAGCGCCAGGCAGUGGCUCAGCACCCCUAUGCUCAGGGAUGGGGGCUGAGCCACUUCCGAUGCACAUCUCAGCACCCCACAUCUUGCCCAGCGCCUCUGCGCCGGGCUAGGCCUCAUGACAGCAGUGGGUCUGGAGAAAGCUACUGUACAGAACGCAGUGGCUACCUGGCAGAUGGGCCAGCCAGUGAUUCCAGUUCGGGGCCCUGUCAUGGCUCUUCCAGUGACUCAGUGGUCAACUGUACAGACAUCAGCCUGCAAGGCAUCCAUGGCAGCAGCUCUACUUUCCGCAGCUCCCUGAGCAGUGACUUUGACCCCUUGGUGUACUGUAGCCCUCAAGGGGACCUACAGGGGGAAGAGAUGCAAUCCAGUGUGACCUCUCGGCCCCGUUCCUUGGACUCAGUAGUGCCCACUGGGGAAACCCAGGUUUCUAGCCAUGUCCAUUACCACCGGCACCGACACUACCACUACAAAAAGCGGUUCCAGUGGCAUGGCAGGAAGUCUGGCCCAGAAACUGGAGUCCCCCAGUCCAGGCCUGCUGUUUCUCGGACACAGCCUCAGCCAGAGCCACCUUUUCCUGAUCAGCAAGUCACCAAAUCCAACCCAGCAGCUCUUUCGGGGCAGCCCUCCAAUCCACAACGGCCCAGGGCCCUCACAGAGCCAGCUCCUGACCCACCUGAAGCUGCCAGUUCCAGCCCCAGUUCCCCUGGUCUUUUAAACUUGCAGAAAUCCAGCCUCACUGUUCGACAUCCACAGAGAAAACGGCGGGGUGGUCCCUCAGAUCCCACUCCAACCUCUCGGCCUCAGGAUUUGACUGUGCACCCAGCUUGCCAGAUGUUCCCUCAUUACAGCCCCAGCCUGGCAUACCUUUGGCCCCCAGAGGCCCACCCGUUGGUCUUUAGACCUCCAGGCCUGGAUAGAAGGUUGCUACCAGAAGAUCCAGGCCCCUGUUACUCAAGUUCACAGCCAGUGUGGUUGUGUUUGACUUCACGCCAGCCCUUGGGUCCUCACCCACCUGGGGAGGGGCCUUCUGAAUGGAGUUCUGACACCCCAGAGAGCAGGCCGUGCCCUCACCCACACUGCCAGAUGUCGCCAGCCCAGCCAGCCCCUGAGGACAUGGGACUUGCCAGCCAGGGAAUCCAGGAUCAGAGGAGGAGCUUGAGGAGCUGUGUGAACAGACUGUGUGAGAUGGUCAGGCCAAGCUCCAACCAAGAGUGUGCUUCAGUCAUUUAGACUCCUACCUGGCACGAAGUCCACUUCUGGGAGAAGAAAGGACCUCAGCAAACACCCCCUUUUUUGCCAUACUUCCUGUAACCACUAGGAGAGGAAGUGGUGAUAUGGGGGUAGGGAGCUACUGUUUCCAGAUCCUGGCUCUAGGUGUUGUCUGCAGUGCAGAGAGCCUGUGUCCAGCCAGGCAGCCAGCUUCUACCUGUGUGCAUUUGUGGGCUGGAUCCAGUGCUGAGCUGUCGAGGGAAGGAAGCUGGGGUGGGUAGCUAGGUGUCACAAAGGUGCUGCUCCUUCCCCCAGCCCUGCUCAUUCUCCCUCCCCAGGCCUCAUGUUCAUACCAGCCAAUGCAUUCAGAUGAAUGCAUGACCCUUCUCACCUCCUGCCUUGAGUGAUCUCUGCACAUGAGCUUUGGCUCUUCUCUGGAAGCCACAGCAUCAGGGGCAACCCCAGUUUUCUUAUUUUCCUUCUUUACAAAAGGACCAGGAGCAUAGGUAACCCCUAACCCCUAAAAAGGGAGGUCUCUGCAGCUUUUCCAGGCAGUGCAUAAGGAAGAAUAUUUUCCCCUUCUUGUCCUUGAAUUGUUCUUAAAAUGGCAGAUCCACAAUAUUAAGUCAGAGAGAUGCUCUGGGAACCCAGGGCAUAGAGUUCUAUCCUGAGGUGGGAGCAGCUCCUUGAAGAAUGUGGAAUGAAGCUUUUGAUCUUCCAACUCCCUCUAUCAGCCCAGUUCCUCGGGGGAUGGAGGAAAGGGAGAGGGAAUGACUCUUCCUUGAAGAUCUUCUGUUUCAAAGACCCAAAACAGGCAAAAAGGAGAGAAUUUCUGAUUGACUUUAGGAAGGAGGAGGAUGGAAUGAAGGUGGAAAAUACAAAAUUACAGCUGAGAAAAACAACCAAGAGUUCUUCUCUGAGAGAAGUUUUGUCUCAGAACAGGGAUGGGGAACAGGGGAAAAAAAAGGAAGAGCAAAGUAUGACCCCUUAGGUUUGGAGGGCCCAGAGGCCCAGCUCCUCAGUAUAAGCCAUGUAGGCCAGGGACCAACCAGAAGGUGUGCACCCAAGUAGAGCUGGAGUAGAAAGUUGGCCUGGGUAGCUUGUACUGAAUGAGCAAGGGCUGGGGGAACUCCUGAGGGUGACAUUCACUUCAGAACAUUCUGACCAUUUCUAGUCCCUCAGGCUUUAUCCUUGCCUAGAAUGUGAAUGUGGGGGCAAAAUGGGCACGGGAUUCUACUUGGUAAUGUUCUUCCCUCAAUGUCAGCGGGGAGACUAGCACCUAGGCACCCACAUGGGUAUUUAUAUCUGAACCAGACAGAAAGACGCUUGAAUCAGGCACUAUGUUGAGAAAUGUAUUUAUUUGCUAAUAUAUUUAUCCAUAAAUGUGGUCUGGUCUUGGGUUUUAUUUUGUCAUGACUCACUCAGGGUAACAAUUUUAUCUUUCUACAUGGAGAGAAAUAAAUUAUUUCUGAUAUCA